AUGAUUUAUAACCUGCCAAGUUCCUUAGGUAAUAUCGUUUCGAAAUCUCGUAGUUCGUGUUCUACUUGCAAGUUCUUUCUAAAGGGUAUCCAGUAUGAAAGUUUCUCGUGGCAAAGAUGUCUUAACAAUGAUGAUUACGAAGACGCAGUUAAUCAACUUCGUAAUUUAAGUCGUCUUGCAUGUGUAAAACGUUUCUACACUGAGCUUGACUCAUACAUAAGCAGAACAAGAACGGCGUCAUUAUCACCUACGGUCUUUGCUUUUUUCAUGGAUUAUAUGAGCUCCAACAAUGGUAUGUAAAA